AUGAAUGCGUAUCUUCUCAAUAGGGUUCUGGGGUCCGUAAGUCCCUCGACCUUUCAUGUCGCACAAACCACGCGACUUAUUCAACAGCUCGAGCCGGCGCCUGGCAUUCGCUUCUCGGCACGUAGAGACAUUCUUUUGGGAGGAAGUCAAGAGGAUGCAGGCUUGAUUUUUGAUGAUGAGGUAUUUGCUCACAAGGCGGGAGUGAAUGUGCUCGCCAUCGAUCACUAUGACGGCCGAUUCAUGGUCUCUGGGGGUGCAGACCCUUCAAUUCAUCUCUGGGAUUUGGAGUCACGAGGCUCAGAUUUGAAACAUGUGCACCAGUCCGUGGCAUCUGUAAACAGAGCCUCGCACGAAGAUGCCCACACACGUGCCAUUACUUCUGUCUCCAUAUACCCAUUUGAUCCCACACCGUCUACUAUCUUGACAACCUCGUACGAUGGCACGCUCAAGCUUUCAGCUUUAGCGCCAGCGGCUAUAACACCUGUGCACACAUUCAAUCUAGACUGCACACCGUACACCCAUUCGCUGUCGUUAAAUCCUGCGUCUCCUUUGCUCAUUGCAGUAGGUACCUCGGAGAAGCCGGUCCGACUACUUGACCUACGUUCAGGUCUGUCGACACAUGGUCUCCCUGGACAUGAAUCUUCAGUCCUGUCCGUAUCAUGGGCUCCUCAUCAGCCACACAUCCUGGCUUCUGCGUCGGCAGACAAUAGAGUAAUCCUCUUCGACAUCCGCCGGGGAGGCCACAAUUCAGCGAUCGCAGCACUAGACAUGGAUGAUGCUAUUGGGCUCGUGCGCCCGGGAUCCACCCCAGCAUCCUACCAGAGCCGCCCCGCAUUCUCGCCGCACGCUCGAGCCCAUAAUGGCGCUGUGACCGGUGUCCGGUGGACGUCUACCGGUAGUCACCUGGUGACCGCUGGUCAGGACUCACGGAUUCGAGUCUGGGAUGCUGGGACAGGUGCAAACACGCUUGUACACUUUGGUCAGCGUGUCCGGAACAGUGUGAGUUCACACCUAGCUGAACGGGCACCGCUUGUCAUACCUCGCGGAGUGGUCACCUCUGGGCAAGAAACGCUCUUAUGGCCAAACUUCAAUGAGAGAGAUGACCGUGGGGAGAUCUUCAUGUUUGAACUUCGAGAGGGGGCUUUUGUCAAGCUUCUUCGCGUACCGGGUCUUGUGACCGGUCGGCAGCAGUUUCAGGGCCGCUCCAGUGCCCUCAGCGCUGCGAGGAUCAACGCCCUUGCUUGGCGCGGCAACGGUGCCUCAGGAGAAGGGAUCGAGAUGUUUUCGGCCCACGGCGACGGAACCAUUCGCACCUGGGCCUCACGGGAACCCGAGGGUGAGCCUGAUGAUGAAGCCGAAGAGGCCGAACGAGCAGACCGCAAACGCAAGCGCGAUGUUCUCGACGAGAUUUACCGAGGAUUUAUAGGCUAA